AUCCAAUUAACCCCAAUCCAUUUUUCUCGCGUCUCUCCCUCUCACAAUCCUGCAAAUUAGGGUUUAAGCACGAAAAAAAGCUAGACAAGUAAAAGUAUCGAUCUCUUCUUUCCUUUGAGAUUUUCUAGUGCAAUCGUAACCUCCGAAGAUCCAAGAUGGCGCGUAAUGAAGAGAAAGCACAGUCGAUGCUCAACAGGUUCAUCACCCAGAAAGAAGCUGAGAAGAAGAAGCCGAAAGAGCGUCGACCUUUCCUUGCAUCGGAAUGUCGAGAUCUAUCGGAAGCAGACAAAUGGAGACAACAAAUUCUGAGAGAGAUCGGAAGCAAAGUGGCUGAGAUUCAGAACGAAGGAUUAGGAGAGCACCGACUUCGAGAUCUGAACGACGAGAUUAACAAGCUCCUCAGGGAGAGAUAUCAUUGGGAGAGGCGAAUCGUUGAGCUAGGUGGUCCGAAUUAUUCUAAACACUCUGCGAAAAUGACGGAUCUUGAAGGUAACAUCAUCGAUGUACCUAACCCUAGUGGUCGUGGUCCUGGUUAUCGUUAUUUCGGAGCUGCUAAGAAGCUUCCUGGAGUUAGAGAGCUUUUUGAGAAGCCUCCUGAGCUAAGGAAGCGUAAGACGAGGUAUGAUAUAUACAAAAGGAUAGAUGCUAGCUAUUACGGGUAUAGAGAUGAUGAGGAUGGUAUUUUGGAGAAAUUGGAGAGGAAUGCUGAAGGAGUGAUGAGGAAAAGAUCGGUGGAGGAGUGGCGGAGGUUGGAUGAGGUUAGGAAGGAAGCUAGGAAAGGUGCUAGUGAGGUUGUGAGUGUUGGAGCUGCUGCUGCUGCGGCGAGGGAGGUGUUGUUUGAGGAGGAAGAAGAUGUGGUUGAGGAGGAGAGGAUGGAGAGGGAGAGAGAGGAGGAGAAAGAGAGGGAAUUUGUGGUUCAUGUUCCGUUGCCUGAUGAGAAGGAGAUAGAGAAGAUGGUAUUGGAGAAGAAGAAGAUGGAUUUGCUUAGUAAGUAUGCUAGUGAAGAUUUGGUUGAGCAGCAGACUGAGGCUAAAUCCAUGCUCAAUAUUCAUAGAUAGAAAAGAUGCGCUGUUUUACCAACAAACUCAGCCGCGCUGGUCUCUUGCCUAAAGAAGAAACGUUGUUGGGCGUUUGAAAUACCGAUUUCCUGGAAACAAAUAUGAAAGACUCAAGGAGAAGAGACAAUGGCACUUGGAACUGAAAUAGUAUUCUCUUAUGUAGCUCGACUUUUGUAUCUUUAUACUUCUGGCAGACAUCCUGAUUAGAUCACUGAAUGUAAUGCUCAUUGCCUGAGGUUUAUGCAUCGUUUCCUUUGGCUCUAA